CCUCCUUUAGUUUUCUAGGACAGGUCAGACCUUUUGUGACAAUGCCUGAAGUAAAUAUUGAUGAGCUGGAUAAGAAGCAAGUUCAGCUGCUGUCGGAGAUGUGCAUUGUUAUUGAUGAAAAUGACAAUAAAAUUGGAGCUGACACCAAGAAGAGUUGUCACCUGAAUGAAAACAUUGAUAAAGGAUUAUUGCAUCGAGCUUUUAGUGUCUUCUUAUUUAACAGUGAAAAUAAGCUACUACUGCAACAGAGAUCAGAUGCUAAAAUUACCUUUCCAGGUUGCUUUACCAACUCCUGUUGUAGUCACCCACUUAGUAAUCCAGGAGAGCUGGAAGAAAAUGAUGCAAUUGGAGUAAGAAGAGCUGCUCAGAGGCGUUUACAGGCUGAAUUAGGAAUUCCAGAGGAAGAGGUUCUUCCAGAAGAAUUUACUUAUAUAACACGAAUGUAUUACAAGGCCCAGUCUGAUGGUAUUUGGGGAGAACAUGAAAUUGAUUACAUUUUGUUUUUGAAGAAGAAUGUAACUUUGAAUCCAGAUCCCAAUGAGGUUAAAAGCUACACUUAUGUGUCAAAGGAAGAACUAAAAGAACUUCUGAAAAAGGCAGCCAGUGGUGAAAUUAAGUUAACUCCUUGGUUCCAGAUUAUUUCAGAUGCUUUUCUCUUUAAGUGGUGGGAUAAUUUAAAUCAUUUGAGUGAGUUUAUUGACCAUGAGAAAAUACAUAGAAUGUAAAUAAGGAAGUGAAUGAUUAGUAUAAUACUGAGAUUUUUAAGCAGUUUGUUUCCUAAUUCACAGAUACCUUAUUUGAAAAUUUGACGCUUUGCAACCGGAGAUUGUGGGGGAAAGACAGAUUUAUUUCACACACUCAUCUGUGUCCUAUCUGUAAAAGCCACAUACCAGAAAUAGUUGGGAAAAAGAGGGCAAAUAAACUAAGCAUAUAAUCAUGACAAAUUUGAGCAAAGUAUGUGAAGCUCCUUGUUAAGAUAAGUUGGGGUUUUUUUUGUUUGUAUUUUGUUUUUUGUAUAAACAUUUUUCCCUCUCAGAGAGUGCAGCAAGCUACCGGGAGUAUCCUGCCUACACAGCAGAGCCUGGCAAGCUACCUGUGGCGUAUUCGAUAUGCCAAAAACAGUAACAAUAACGAGCCUCAUUCCCUUGACCCUGAAAGAGCCCCCAAUAUGCCAUUGGGCUAUGCUAGCACACAACAGGGACGAAUGGAGAUGUUACUGGCGCCCGCUCGAGCAAAUCUAUGUGCAAGUGAUACAAACAUUUUUAGAACACAGAACUUUGCCAUCUGCCAGCUGGUUUACAUAUCAUUAAAAGUAUGGUCAUGAAAAGUAUCCAGUGGGCACUAUUUGCUUAGCGAAUAUUUGAAUGUAACCAUUGAAAUAGUUAAAAUUAACUUCUAAUAUUAACAAAGCCAAUUUCAGACCAAAUGAGAUGGCUGGGAAUAAACCCAAGUCAACCACGUGCAGGGCAAGUACCCUAUUUGCUGUAUUAUCUCUCCAUCUCCCAACUCAGCUUCUAAGUAUAACAGGUUCAAGGAAAAUUAAAUGCUCUCUAUGCCAGUUCUGCCAUUUUAGUUUGUGUGUUUAAUGAUUUUUAUAUUUAAAGUCAAACAUUACUUUUGGUGAUAAUUUUGGUUAGGUUUGGUCUUUUGUUUUUGGGCCACUCUUGGUGAUGCUCAGGGCCUACUCCUGGCUCUGCACUGAGGGAUCACUCCUGGUAGACUUGGGGAACCACAUGGGGUAGGUGCCAGGGAUCCAAACACCCUAUUCGCUGUACUGUCUUUCUGCCCCUACGUUGAUCUUUUAAAUAGUCUUUGUCCGUGAAACUGGUUUUAGAAUUACUGUGCAUGUACGGCUUUUGAAGUGAAAACUGGGUCAGCUCUGAAACAGAUUUUUUUUUUCUUUUUGGUCACACCCGGCGAUGCACAGGGGUUACUCCUGGCUCAGGCGCUCAGGAAUUACUCCUGGUGGUGCUCAGGGGACCAUAUGGGAUGCUGAGAAUCGAACCCGGGUCAGCUGCGUGCAAGGCAAACACCCUAACCACUGUGCGGUCCAGCCCCGAAACAGAUUCUUAACCUAAGCACCUUUCACAUUUGGGUUGGAUAUUUCUUUGUUGUGGGGGUUCAUCUUGUGUAGGAUAACAUUGAUUUGUCCUUUCUCCCUUGCCACAGGGAGCUUAGGUUUAUCAGGUUACACCCAUCACAGUGCUCCCGAGUCACUCCCAUUCCUUUGAUUAUCUGUAACCACUUCUCUGUGCUCUUUUCCCCAACCAGUUAAUCAGCUUUUCCCCCUAAUAAGCUUCUAUUAAUUUGUAAGUGUCAGAUCCUUCUAGGACUAAUUGAACUUGUGUUGUAAGUUAUAUGUUGCCUUUCUCCUCUCCUUAUGUCUUUUGAAUGGUUUACCUUAAAGCAGUGUCCUUCUUGUAUAGACACAGGAAGACGGUUAAUAUUAUGGUUUUGUAACUUGGGAUUUAAUUGGCUUUGAAUAUUAUUCAUUCCGGGCAUCUGCUUACUCAACUUACGCCUCAGUUGCCCUUGGUUCCUACACCCCAAAAGCAGGGUCCCAAUGAGGGACUGAAUGGACCCAAGGCAAGCUGUGAGCUACCCUGGCAUCAAAAUGGGCGAGGCCAAAGCUCCACGAUUCUUAACUAUAAGUUAAGAGCUUGAUCAUGGACAAAUGCUGUCAUGUUCCAAAAGUAAUGAGACUAGGACCCAGCUAGGGAUAGGAAAGACUAAUCUGGCCGAACACUGUAGCCUGAGAUCGAGAUGACCCCAGGAGAGCAAUUCUAUAAGCUUAAUGUUUCUCUUACUGUGUCCAGUAAGGUAGGGCGUUUGCCUUGCACACAGCCAACAUGGCUGACCCGAGUUUGAUUCCUCCGCCCCUCUCGGAGAGCCCGGCAAGCUACCGAGAGUAUCUCGCCCGCACGGCAGAGCCUGGCAAGCUCCCCGUGACGUAUUCGAUAUGCCAGACACAGUAACUGUGUCCAUACAAAAAUGAUUAAUAUUAUGAAUGCUUAUAUGUUUGUUGGACAAGGAGAGGAGAAACACGCCCAUGGGAUUCCGCUCUUGGGUGGGUCGUCCUGCUGAAAGAGUAUCUGUCCUAAAAGCAUCCCCUGAGGAAAGAACUUUACCCCUAUUGAUUGAUUGAUUGAUUGUGACCACACCUAUGUGUAAGCUCCAACCCCUCAUGUUUUGGGAUUUAACUAGGCUGUAAGAGUGGGCUGGCGGGGCCAGAGCCAGGAGGAGGAUGAUGAGGGAGGCAAAAGAAGAAUGAAGUAGCAUGACUGGGGGGAGAAGCAGAGAGAGAGAAACAGGAGUUAGUUAAUGGAGAUGAGAUUGGAAUAAACUGCAACUGAAACCAACCAGCCUGGCCCUUGUUUUCUUCCUUCACCUACCCAUCGCCAUUGAAGGGUAGGUGAGGGAGGGGGAAGCGGCCCGAGACUACCAGGCAGUGGGAGAGAGAGAGCACCGCUGCAGCCCUUUUUGUGUUUGCACAAUCCUGUGCAUUGUAGGAUGUUUAACAUCCCAGGCACUACCCAUUGGAUACCAGUAGCACCUCUUCAUGAAGUCACGUUCUCACUGGGUGCCUCUCCUCAGGACAUAAUCAUUGUUCUCUGAAGGCCAUAUUGUAGAGGAAGGAAUAGGAUCUCUGUUUAGUAUUUUUGGGUUAUGGGACAUGUUUAUUCAUAUUUAAACUGUGAAUCAUGCACUUUUUAAAAACUCUUGACAUAGAUUUCUUAGAUAUGGAAUGUUAAGAUGGUUUUAUUACCUUUGAUUUAUAAAGCUCUAAAUGAUCCUAAAUUUAGAGAAAAAUUUAUUUCUUGUUAAUCAUGAACUUUAUAAUUUUAAGGCUGUACAGCAAAUAUUUAUUGGAAAGUCAAAACAAUAAAAUAUUUUAUCACA